AGUGUAAACACAAAACACAAAACUAUUCCCCAAAUCAAACCUUCUUCUCUAUUUUGACAUUUCCUCCUCUGUUCCUCCCGUUCUUACUCUGUUCUUCCACUUCCUCUAGAAUUCGCUGGAUAGAUCGUAACAAAUUGGUAUCAGAGCGCUCGAAUCCUGGAGUACCUCAACAAGCCACGCUACCAUUCGCGAGCGCAGCUCAAGGCUCAGGAGAUGGAGCAGCAACUCGCUGAUCUCGCGGCGGCCAUGGCGGCGAUCCAGAAGCAAAACACGGCGAUUCAAACUUCGGUUGGGUCGCUGGAAGAAAUCAAGCCGAUGGUGGUGGAGUUGGCUGGAUGGAAGCCAACAGUGGAGCGGACGGUGGCGGAAUUACGGGACAAGAUGGCGGAGUUGCGCACGCAAGUGGAGCAAAUUUCUCGUUCUCCGGCCAGGGUGACCAAGCUUGCGGAUCUGCCUCCGUUGCUGCCUACACCACCAGGACCGAAGCUGAACGAGAUCAAGGACGAGGAACCCAAGCCCUCUCUAGAACUCAAGCUUCCUCAAGUGGAUGAACAUGCUAGGCUAUUUAGCCAUCGCGCUGCAACUUCAAACCGGGGGAAAACCUUGGGAAAUGAAAAUUUCCCAUCGUCUCUCCCGGGCAAGGGUACGUUCUAUUCGAGUCCUGGAAAUAAUUCUCGAUUUGAGUUUGGAGAAUCGUCGGGGAGGUUUGGGUCAUCGCAUCAUGUUCAUCACCAUGGGGGAUCUGUGCGGGUAGAUUGCCCUUCGUUUGACGGCGAUAAUCCUAGGGCAUGGAAGCUUAAGUGCGAAACCUAUUUUCGAGUCAGUGGAGUCUAUUUUGAUCAUUGGGUGGGAGUAGCAGCUUUGCAGUUUAUGGGGGCAGCGCUUACUUGGCUACAAUCCACUGAUGCUCAUAUUGAGUGUGUGUGUUGGGAGGAUUUCGCGGAAGUAGUGUGUAAGAAGUUUGGGAGAGAGGAGUUUCAGGGAUUAAAUAGGCAGUUUAAUCAGUUAAGGCAAACCGGAACUGUGACUAGCUAUGCAGAGAGGUUUAGUGAGUUGAUUCAUCAAUUGCAAGCUCAUCAUUCAUCAUGGAACCCAGUUUUCUUUGUUACUCAGUUCAUGGAUGGCCUACGAGCAGACAUUAGAGCUGCUGUAGUGCUCCAUCGCCCACAAGACCUCGAUACUGCUGUCGAUUUGGCAUGUUUGCAGGAGGAAGUAUUGGAGGUGCUGCGCAAGGAAAUGCGACGCAGUGAUUUUGCUGGGGGAGUUCGUACGGUGGCAAGACCAAAUUCUCUGACAUCAGUUUCUACUGUUCGUCAGAACACAAGUCUGGGCAACAAACCUGAUGAAUGGCGCAUUACUGAAGAAUCCAGGGCAUCAAUGGCUGAGGAUAAGCUGUCAGCCUUGCGUGCUUACUGCCGAGCCAAAGGACUCUGUUAUACUUGUGGGGAGAGAUAUAAUCGAGACCACAAGUGUGGUCCUACUGUGCAGCUCCAUGUUGUUGAAGAAUUAUUGGAAAUGUUAUCUGCUCCUUCGGUGGAUAAUUCUGGAGAUGAGCAGUCAAGUGUGCAAGACCCAACAGAAGGAAUUUCUGAAGGAGAAAUCUGUCAGAUCUCUAAGGAAGCAAUGAUGGGUAUUGAGGCUUCAGGAACUCUACGGCUGCAGGGUUUCAUUCAGAAACAUGAGGUUCUGAUGCUGGUUGAUUCAGGGAGCUCGCGCAUAGCUUUAUAUCUGAAGGUUUGGCUAAUAAAUUGCAAGGGGGCCGGGCUGCUAUUCCUGCUGUCAAGGUGUGCGUGGCCGAUGGCGGAGUUCUGCACUGUUCUCAAGAAAUUGCUGAUUGUGAAUGGUGGGUGCAAGGAUACACUUUUCGUUCAGAUCUCAAGAUUUUGCCUCUGGGUAGUUAUGACGUUAUACUGGGUAUGGAUUGGCUUGUGAAACAUAGUCCAAUGCAGGUGGAUUGGCGAGCCAAAACUCUGUUAUUUCAGCAAGAGCAGCAGUCUGUUUGUCUUAAGGGGGUACAACUUAACACUGUUCAUUGUCCGGCAAUUUCUGCAUCUCAGGUGCGAGGGCUGGUCAGUCGUAAUGCGGUGGUUCAGACUGUGGAACUGUGUUUGUUGGAUACUAUUGCACCUAGUUCAGAUAUACCAGCUGUUAUUGACUCAUUGCUACAAGAAUUUGCUUCUGUUUUUGAGGAACCUCAAGGUCUGCCACCACAGCGUGAUUUUGAUCAUUCUAUACCACUGUUGCCUGGUGCAAAACCUGUCAAUCUUCGUCCUUAUCGUUAUAAUCCAGCACAAAAGGAUGAGAUUGAGCGUCAAGUGACUGAAAUGUUGCGUCAGGGUGUUAUCCAACCCAGCUCCAGCCCGUUCUCAUCUCCAGUAUUGUUGGUCCUCAAGAAGGACUUGACAUGGAGGUUCUGUAUCGACUAUCGCCACCUUAAUGCUAUAACAGUCAAGAAUCGAUAUCCUCUUCCAGUGAUUGAUGAGUUACUUGAUGAUCUGGCAGGAGCAACUAUAUUCACUAGUUUGGAUUUAAGGGCGGGUUAUCAUAAAAUCCGUAUGCGACCAGAAGAUGAACAUAAAACUGCGUUCAAAACGCAUCAUGGACAUUACGAGUUUCGGGUUAUGUCUUAUGGAUUAACUGGUGCACCCGCUACUUUCCAAGGUGUCAUGAAUACAGUGUUAUCCCCUUUGCUCCGGAAGGGAGUGCUUGUUUUCAUAGAUGACAUUCUGAUUUACAGUGCAACCUUGACAGAACAUGUGCAAUUAUUACGUCAGGUUUUCCAAUUGUUGACUGAACAUCAACUUAAGGUGAAGCGCUCUAAGUGUUCAUUUGCUCAAUCAAGUUUGAUUUACUUGGGCCAUGUUAUUAGCCAUGCUGGUGUCAGUACUGAUCCAAAAAAUAUUCUUGCUGUGCAACGAUGGCCAGUUCCAACUAAUGUAAAGGAGGUACGGGGAUUUCUUGGCCUGGCAGGUUAUUAUCGCAAAUUUGUUCGGCACUUUGGUGUAAUCAGUCGUCCGUUGACAGAUCUGCUUAAGAAGAAUGUUGUUUUUGUCUGGACUAUAUCUCAUCAGCAAGCAUUUGAAGCUUUGAAAUCAGCCUUAACUUCUGCACCAGUGCUGGCGAUUCCUGAUUUCAGUAAGCCUUUUGAGAUUGAAACUGACGCGUCUGACAAAGGUGUUGGGGCAGUCUUGAUGCAGGCAGGCCAUCCAUUGGCGUUCUUGAGUAAGGCCUUGGGACCUCGCAAUCGCGGUUUAUCAAUAUAUGAAAAGGAGUGUCUAGCUAUUCUUUUGGCAGUGGAUCGCUGGCGCUCUUAUCUUCAGUUUGGGGAGUUUGUCAUCCGUACUGAUCAGCGUAGUCUGAUUCAUCUCGGUGAUCAAAAGUUGGCUACGCCUUGGCAGCAGAAGGCAAUGACGAAAUUAUUGGGACUGAAUUAUCGGUUAGUCUACAAGCGUGGGUUAGAUAAUAGAGCUGCAGAUGCUUUGUCUCGUUGCUCAACUGAUGAUCACAUUCAAGCAUGUGCUUUGUCAGUAUGUAUACCUGACUGGUUAACUGAAGUCCAAGAAGGAUAUCUGUCUGAUCCCUACUCUGCUGAUUUGUUAUCUAAGGUGACUUUACAAGCUUCUGCUGUACCUAAUUUUUCCUUGCGGGAUGGCAUUUUGCAUUAUAAGAACAAAAUUUGGAUUGGCAACAAUACUACACUGCAACAUCGCAUUUUAUCAGCCUUGCAUUCUGGAGCUAUUGGUGGUCAUUCUGGGGUGCAGGUGACUUAUAGCAGAAUAAAGAAACUCUUUGCUUGGCAAGGAUUGAAGAAGUCUGUGCUGGAAUUUAUUGAUCAAUGUUCAGUCUGUAAGCAGGCCAAAGCUGAAAGAGUUCAUUAGCCGGGGUUGUUGCAGCCUCUUCCGGUUCCCAAUCAUGCUUGGCAAACUGUUUCCCUUGAUUUCAUAGGACUACCAAAGUCGACGGGGUUUGAUUGUGUUUUAGUGGUGGUUGACAAGUUUUCUCGCUAUGCUCAUUUUGUGGCAUUGUCCCACCCUUUCAUAGCUUUAGAUGUGGCCCUGGCUUAUCUCAACAACAUAUACAAACUGCAUGGUAUGCCAUAGUCAAUUAUCUCGGAUCGUGAUCGCAUUUUCACCAGUGCCCUUUGGUCUGAGUUAUUUCGACUGACAGAUACUCAACUCAAGAUGAGUUCUGCAUACCAUCCUCAAACUGAUGGCCAAACCGAGCGUGUCAAUCAGUGUCUUGAAACUUUUCUUCGCUGCUUUGUCCAUGCCUGUCCUACUAAGUGGUACCGAUGGUUGGCUCUAGCGGAGUUUUGGUAUAAUACAGCUUAUCACUCUGCUCUUGGCACAUCUCCUUUUGAAGUGCUCUAUGGUCACACUCCUCGUCACUUUGGUGUAUUGGACAUUUCUGCUGCUGCUGUUCCUGAUCUUGCUGAGUGGUUGAAAGAACGAGCAAUGGUUUCAGGUUUGCUGCUUCAACACUUAUUGCGUGCUCAGCAGCGUAUGAAGGUUCAGGCAGAUAAGAAACGUUCUGAGCGAGAGUUUGCGGUGGGAGAUUGGGUUUUUCUCAAAGCUCAACCAUAUGCGCAGACUUCUUUGGCAGUUCGUUCUAAUCACAAGUUAGCUUUUCGCUACUUUGGACCGUUUCAAGUAACUGCUCGAGUGGGUGCAGUGGCUUACCGAUUGCAAUUACCCCCAGGUUGUUCUAUUCACCCUGUUAUCCAUGUAUCUCAGCUUCGUCAGGCGCCUCCACCGGAUUCUGCGACGGUUGUCAAGUUACCUGCUGCACUGGCUCCGGAUUCUUCAGUUCCGAUGCAGAUAUUGGUGCGUCGUCUGUACAAGCUUGGAGCUGCCGUGCGUCCUCAAUUCAAGGUGCGUUGGUUUGGCCAUGGUGUGGAUGAGGCGACUUGGGAGGAUGCUGAAUCUCUUCGGGUCCGUUUUCCUGCUGCACCGGCUUGGGGACAAGCCGAGUCUGAAGGGGGGGAGAAUGUUACGCUGCCUGUAGCAGAUAUCGACAAAGGCAAUCCGCUGAGAAGCUAUCGGCGUCCUACGCGGGCUAAGAAACCUAAUGUCCGUGUGAGUGGGCCAGAAUGGGUCACAGUCCAAUGAUGUUCUGGUAUGGUGUAUAAAUACCAGAGGGCUAAGAGAGAAGAGGGUGUCGAAAGUGUAAACACAAAACACAAAACUAUUCCCCAAAUCAAACCUUCUUCUCUAUUUUGACAUUUCCUCCUCUGUUCCUCCCGUUCUUACUCUGUUCUUCCACUUCCUCUAGAAUUCGCUGGAUAGAUCGUAACACGGGCACGGGGACGUGGUGCUCGGAGGUGAUUUCAGCUGGGACGAAGACCUCGACAGGCCGCUCCGGCUGAGGCCCGGGUGGGUGGACGUACGACGUGGCGGCGAACCCGAUGCUGAAGGGGUGGCUCAAGCCGGAGAUCAGGAAGAGGCCGGACAGGUUCUUGUGCAGGCUGAGGGACUUCAAGCUGGACAGCGUCGAGAUGGUCGGCGUGGAGCCGAUCCCCGGCGUGACGCACUGCGACGACAAGGGGGGCAUGCUGCCGGUGCUCCCCAGCCACCACUUCGGUUUGCUGCUCACCAUCGCCCCCCAAAUCCACAAGUGAUCGAUCAGCUUAAAUCUUCACCAUGGCUGCUAAAAUUCUAGAACUGGAGAUCUUAAGAGUUGAUGUCGCUGCCGGCUGCUCUAAUGUACCUAAAGUUUAGGUAUCUCGAGAUUCUUGGAAUUAGCUUUGUCAUGUGUGUGUGUGUCUCCAUGUUGAUCAAUUGUGUCGAUUAUCUUUACUUGCUUUGUCAAAUCUGUUCUUCGAUCCGGUGUUGAAGGGUAACUCUUGGUGAAGAACUGAAGAUGAUAAGGAUCUGCCCUGAUGGCAUGAUCAA